AUGAAGUCAAACAUCCGUUUUAUUAGUUUUUUGAUAUAUCUUUUGAUUACCCUUGCCAUUGCUCACGAAAAUGUCGAGAUUUGUGAUAAGAAUGGUUAUUGCUACCCAAAAGUAUUUGUACCCACCAAUGAGUUUACAGAGGUAUUAGAGGGACAGGAAAUACCUUCAGGUCUCCAUAUUAAGAUCGAUUUUAGCACUGGAAAGAAAUAUGCAAAACUCCUAGAUCAAAAUGAUCCAAGAUCUGAAGUGGUUCUGAUUGACGAGGAAGGUUCUAUUCAUCAAGAUAGUCAUUUAAAUCUCGUUGAUUCUGGAACUCACGAGUCGCUCGAAAAUAAUCCCAAAGUCAACAUCUAUUACAAAGAUUCAGUGAACUUUAAUAACAAUACACUACCAAUCAUCUCAUCAAAACCAUCGAAACAUAUUUCACAUUCAGAUCAUAUACUUUUCGAUAGUUAUGUUUCUCAAUUGACUCAAUCAUCCCAAUCUUUGAAAAUUAUAAUAUCCGUAUUGGAUGGUCUGGAAGAUUUGGUUCAUGAACUCGACUUUGGCAUAAAACUGGCCAGAGGUCAUGGACUAACGUUUAUAGUUGCACUUCUGGGUCAUGGUUCGGGCGAAGUAAGAAAGAAAGCCGCUCUGGUCAUUGGCACUGCAAUGCAGAACAAUCCAUUGGCUCAAGGUGAAGCACUCCGGAUGAAUCUUAUACCCCAGUUUUUGGAUUCUCUUUCCGAAGAGCAAGAUAUAAAAGUCUCGUCCCGUCUCCUAUAUGCUUUAUCAAGCAUCGUUCGUGGAAAUAGGCGGGCAAUACAAACAGUCAAUAGUUAUCAAGGACUGUCACGGUUGGCGACCCUAUAUCAAAAGUUUGAAAACAACGAAUUCCGUGCAAAAUGUGCGUUGUUCGUUACUGACUUUAUAGAUCCAAAUAUGGUCAAAGCGGAUCAACCCAUGGAAAUAUACGAACAGGGGAAAGAACAGCAACGAUACGGCAGCGAUACAGUAAAAUCUUUGUUUUUGAAUGUUAUGGAAUUUUGGUGCAAACUGUUUCAGACCACUUUAUCUGAUAAAUCUACAAAGUCAGCGGAAAUAGAUUUUGAUACGGGAGAAAAGAUACUCCGGGGUAUCUCGAUGAUCAAGAACCACUAUCCCCUGCAAUGUCCAGUCCAAGAUGGAUUUAAAAUUUGGUUGUCGGAACAAAUAGAUGCAAUGAAAGAUGAAGAUUAUUUAGAAGAUUACAUUCGUCUACUGCAACAAGUCCAAGUUCAAUAUGGAUUGAGCUGA